AUGAUCAACUGGUCAAUAGCUAUCUCAGCGCAAACCUUUUUAUUAAAACUAAACCUAUAUUUUAAUUUAAUUUCUUAUCUUCCAAACUCCAUUAUUUUAUUCAAAAAACAUAAACCAUGUUUUAAAAUAUCAAAAUUAUUUGUUAUAUACUUGUAUAAUUUCAGGAACCUCCACAUUCUUACCUUAUCAUUCAAUUCAUAUUUCUAUUUAUCUCUUUAUUCAUAUUUAUUUGUUUACUUAUUUAUCUUUUCAUUUUUUUCUUUUCAUUCAAUAAUAUGUAACUUGAAUCACCUCUCUUAUCACCCAACUUUUCUUCCCAUACUUAUUAUAAUAAUUUUCUCUAGCUAUAACAAUUUCUUUUCUUAUUUAUCUAUCUCAUCUCAUCUUCGCUCAAGCACAGAUUUUUUAAGCAAGCUUUGUUAGCAAGUACUUUCUUUCUUUUAGGCUCAUUUAGCUUAAGAAUCCUCAGCUCAAAAAUAUUUAUGUUUCAUCUAAAAUAAGGUAGCGUAGUCUUAUAUAAUAGCAAUACUUAUUAUUGAAACAUCAGAUUAAAUUGUAAAUUGCUCUCUCUCUCUCUCUGCAUAUAAUAAAAUUUAACAUUUAAAAUAGCUUUCUUUUGUUUAGCUAUUCAUAUAAUUCAAAAUAACAUUGCGAAUUGUUAUGGGGAAAAAAAAAGUAUCAUUAUUGACUUUGAUCAUAUUUAUGAAUUUAUCAUACCUUUAUCCUUUUUCAGUAGUUAAAAAUUUGAAAUCUAAAAUCUUCACAGAUUCUUCUAAAUAUUUCAGAGAUAAAUUUAAGGCAUUCUUGAAAAAAUACAUAAAAUAGUAAAAUGAACAAUUGUUUGCGCUGUCGAAAUUUGAAUGA